CCCGGCUGAGCCGCACCUCGGGGAGGGGCCGGGCCGGGCCGGGCAGGCGCGGACGGUGCGGCGGGACCGGGGCUCUCCCGGCGCUGCACGGAGCGGAGGAGCGAGGGGAGCGGCCGCGCACCGGGCGCUGGAGCCGGGUCCCUGGACGCCGCGCUCAGCGCCCGCAGCACGGUGCAGGAUGGGUGCUGCCGCGGUGCCCCCGGUGGCCGCCUGUGUGCUGCUGGUCCUGCUCCCCACAGCCAGCAGCCAGACCAGCGCUCCCUCCGGCUGCAGCAAGGACCUCUCCUCCCUCUACUACAACCUCUGCGACCUCUCGGCAGCCUGGGGCAUCGUGCUGGAGGCCGUGGCCAGCCUUGGCGUGGUGACCAGCUUCGUGCUCACCAUCGUCCUGGUGGCCAGCCUGCCCUUCGUGCAGGACCACCAGAAGAAGAGCCUGGUGGCCACGCAGGUCUUCUUCCUCCUGGGCACCUUCGGGCUCUUCUGCCUGACGUUUGACUUCAUCGUGGGGCCGGAUUUCUCCACCUGCGCCUCCCGACGCUUCCUCUUCGGGGUCCUCUUCGCCAUCUGCUUCUCCUCGCUGCUGGCGCACGCCGUGGCCCUCAACUUCUUGGUGCGGAGGAACUGCGGCCCGCGGGGCUGGGUGACGCUGGCGGUGGCCCUGCUCCUCGCCUUGGUGGAGGUCAUCAUCAACGCCGAGUGGCUCAUCAUCACGGUGGCGCGGCAGGAGGGCAGCGCCGCGGACCCUUGCCGGCUGGCGGACGCUGACUUCGUCAUGGCUCUCAUCUACGUCAUGUUCCUGCUGGUGGCCGCCUUCGGCACCGCAUGGCCGGCUUUGUGCGGCCGCUACGGCCGCUGGCGCAAGCACAGCGCCUUCAUCCUGGCCACCACCGGCCUCUCGGUGGCCAUCUGGGUGGCGUGGACCGUGAUGUACCUCUAUGGGAACCAGCGCGCGGGCGAGAAGCCCGGCUGGGAUGACCCCACGCUGGCCAUCGCGCUGGUGGCCAACGCCUGCGCCUUCCUCCUGCUCUACAUCAUCCCCGAGGUGACGCACGCCACGCGGCGCGGCCCCGAGCAGCCCUUCGAGGACGAGGGGUACCCCACGCGCGGGGUGGGCUACGAGACCAUCCUCAAGGAGCAGAAGUCGCAGAGCAUGUUCGUGGAGAACAAAGCCUUCUCCAUGGACGAGCCCUCCUUCGCCAAGAAGCCGGUGUCACCGUACAGCGGCUACAACGGGCAGCUCCUCACCAGUGUCUACCAGCCCACCGAGAUGGCCCUGAUGCACAAGGGACCGGCUGAAGGUGCCUACGACAUGAUCCUACCGCGCGCCUCCACGGCCAGCCCGGCCGCCGGCAGCACCAGCUCCACGCUGCGAGCCGAGGACGCGUUUGCGGUGCAGGCCCGGCCCGGUGGCACCCCACGGGACGGCAGGAGCUGCCAGGUGCAGUCCCCGUACAGCAGGAACCGGUGGUGAAGCCCCCAUGGCACGGAUCCCACAGCGCCGGCACAGCCGCGGCACCACCGUCCUAUUCCCGAGGUCUCACCAAGCCUCCUUGUGCCCCACCGUGUUCAGCCCAUCCCAUCAGCAGCCGGAGCUGGGUCCUGUGCAGGUGAAGCCUGGAUGCACCCGGAGCCAUGGCUCCUGCCUGCGGCACCCACAAGCUGCCAGCUCUGCCGG